CAUGGUACGGGCUCCAAGAAACCGACAUGGAUGAACAGAAAGCUCCAGAAUAAGCUAAGGGAGAAAAAGGAAAUGUUCCGGAAAUGGAGAGAAGGGUAGACCUCUAAAGAGGAAUAUAUGAGGGUCACUAGGUACUGCAGAUUAGCCAUUAGAGAAGCCAAAGCUCAGUAAGAGCUGGGUCUGGCCAGGGAAGUUUGUUACAAUAAGAAAAACUUCUACAGAUACGUGAGAAGCAAACGCAAGGUAAAAGAGGCAAUUGGACCACUGUUGGGAGUGGAAGGAGAAACUCUAAUGGAGGACAGAGAAAAAGCAGACAGGCUUAAUGACUUUUUUGCCUCUGUUUUCUCGCUGAAGACCUUGACAGAACACCUGGGUGGCUAGUUAGCAUUGAAAGAGAGGUUAUGGAGAGGCACCUGGCUGCACUGGAUUAAUACAAAUCCCCUGGGCCAGAUGGUGUGCACCCAAGAACGCUCAAAGAACUUUCUAGAGAACUUGCAGAGCCUCUGUCUAUCAUCUUCAAGGCCUCCUGGAGGAUUUGGAAUGUACCACAAGAUUGGAGAGCAGAUGUUAUCCCAAUCUUUAAGAAAGGGAAGGAUGACCCGGGAAACUACAGGCCGGUCAGUCUGACUUCUGCUGUUGGGAGGAUAUUAGAGCAGAUUUUAAAGGGAUCGAUCUGUAAGCAUUUGAAGGACCGCUUAGUGAUCCGGGGAAGUCAACAUAGUUUUGUCCCUAACAGAUCUUGUCAGACCAACCUGGUUUCCUUCUUUGAUCGCGUGACGAGCUUACUGGAUCGUGGAAAUUCUGUCAACGUGAUUUACCUGGAUUUCAGUAAAGCUUUUGAUAAGGUUCCCCAUGACAUUCUAAUAGGUAAACUGAAAGACUGCGGACUGGACUACAGGGCAGUUCGGUGGAUAGGGAACUGGUUAGAGGACUGCACCCAAAUGGUGUUUCAUCAGAUUGGAGGGAGGUAUCGAGUGGGGUGCUGCAGGGCUCAGUUUUGGGCCUGGUACUUUUCAAUAUUUUUAUAAAUGAUCUGGAUGAAGGGGUAAAUGGGCUGCUCAUUAAAUUUGCUGAUGAUACCAAAUUGGCAAACACCCAAGAAGAUAGAGUUAAAAUUCAACUAGACCUGAAUACUCUGGAGAAAUGAGCAGUUGUGAACAGGAUGCAACUCAACAUAGUCUUAUACCAGUGGCUAGAAGCAGAUCGCCUUGGCAAGAGCUCAGAUACUGCAGACAGAAAAUCAGGAGAAAAUUUUGACCAGAGUCCCUUAAGAAGAACAUUCAAGUCUAAGGUCUUGGCACACUAUCCCCAAAACAUAGAAUGGAACCCUUUCGAUCAAGAUGCAGUCAACAUGUUAUGUAUGCCCAAAGGACUAUCCUUCAGGACUCAAACAGAUAACAGAGAUCCCCAGUUCCACUCAUUCAUUAUUACCAGGGAAGAUGGUUCUCGUACUUAUGGAUUUGUGCUCACCUUCUACGAGGAAGUCACAAGCAAGCAAAUCUGCACAGCCAUGCAGACACUUUAUCAGAUGCACAACGCAGAGCAGUGCAGCAGCGUCUGCGCCUCGUCGUCAUGUAGCAUGGACUCACUGGCGAGCAGUCUUGACGAAGGAGACUCCACGUCGCUUGCAAAGAUGCAGCGCUACAACUCAUACGACAUCAACAGGGACACACUCUAUGUCUCCAAGUCGAUUUGCCUCAUUGCCCCUCUGCCCUUCAUGCAAGCCUGCAAGAAAUUCCUCAUCCAGCUUUACAAGGCGGUCACUUCUCAGCAACCCCCACCUUUACCUCUGGAGAGCUACAUCCAUAACAUUCUUUAUGAAGUGCCCCUUCCGCCCCCAGGAAGGUCACUAAAAUUCUAUGGGGUGUAUGAGCCUAUCGUUUGCCAGAGACCUGGGCCGAAUGAGCUCCCGUUGUCUGAUUACCCUCUCCGGGAGGCUUUUGAACUGCUGGGCUUGGAGAACCUCAUCCAGGUGUUUACGUGUGUCCUCCUAGAAAUGCAGAUCCUCCUUUAUUCUCAAGACUACCAGCGCCUGAUGACGGUUGCAGAAGGGAUCACCACGCUGCUGUUCCCAUUUCAGUGGCAACAUGUGUACGUCCCCAUCCUCCCCGCUUCUCUCUUGCAUUUUCUUGAUGCGCCUGUACCUUACUUGAUGGGUCUGCAGUCCAAGGAAGGAACAGAUCGUUCCAAACUGGAACUUCCCCAAGAGGCUAACCUCUGCUUUGUGGAUAUUGAUAACCAUUUUAUCGAACUACCAGAGGAACUUCCUCAGUUUCCCAACAAGCUGGAUUUCAUCCAGGAACUCUCCGAAGUUCUCCUUCAGUUUGGGAUCCCCCUGGAGGCCACCCUCCAUUGUAGCGAGAGUGCCACGAAGCUGAAGAACCUUGUCCUUAACGAGUUGGCCAACGAUAAAAAGAACGGGAACAUCCCCAACAACACCCUCAACAUGUACGAGCUGCUGAAAGGCAACGAAACCAUUGCCCGCCUCCAGGCUUUGGCAAAGAGGACAGGAGUGGCGGUAGAUAAAAUGAGUAUUACCGCUCCAAUGGCAGAAAAGGAGAGAGAUGUGAAGCUUCAGUGCGAAGAAGGGGAACUGAGGGACUAUAAACUGAAUGUGCAGCUUCGGGAGGUCUUUGCCAACCGCUUCACACAGAUGUUUUCCGAUUAUGAGGCUUUCGUCAUUCAGGCUGCGCAGGACAGGGAAUCGUGGCUGACAAACAGGGAACAGAUGCAGAACUUUGACAAAGCUUCCUUUCUUUCUGACCAGUCUGAGCCUUACCUUCCAUUUCUCUCUCACUUCAUCGAAACCCAAAUGUUUGCAACAUUUAUCGACAAUAAAAUUAUGUCCCAGUGGGAAGAGAAGGAUCCAUUUCUACGAGUAUUCGAUUCCCGGAUUGAUAAGAUGAGGCUGUAUAACGUCAGGGCUCCUGCGUUAAGAACAUCUACGUAUCAGAAGUGCAGCACUUUAAAAGAAGCAGCUCAGGCCAUUGAACAGCGGCUGACGAAAAUUGAUCACACGGCAAUUCAUCCACACUUGCUUGAUAUGAAGAUAGGUCAAGGCAAAUAUGAACCAGGCUUCUUCCCAAAACUUCAGUCAGAUGUGUUAGCAACUGGGCCUACUAAUAACAAUCGGUGGGUUAGUCGAAGCACCACAGCACAGCGUAGGAAAGAUCGCCUUCGCCAACAUUCAGAGCAUAUCGGUUUAGACAACGAUUUAAGAGAGAAGUACAUGCAAGAAGCAAGGACCUUGGGGAAAAACCUGAGGCAGCCCAAACUCUCAGAUCUCUCUCCAGCUGUAAUUGCUCAGACAAACUGGAAAUUUGUGGAGGGUUUGCUCAAAGAAUGUCGAAUGAAGACCAAGCGCAUGCUGGUAGAGAAGAUGGGCCAUGAGGCCGUGGAGCUUGGGCAUGGAGAGGCCAACAUAACGGGUCUGGAAGAGAAUACUCUGAUCGCUAGUCUUUGUGACUUGCUGGAAAGAAUCUGGAGCCACGGACUGCAAGUCAAACAGGGAAAAUCUGCAUUGUGGUCACAUUUAAUUCAGUACCAAGAAAGAGAAGAGAAACAUGAGCAUCUAGCAGACUCCCCUGUUGCUGUUGGGCCGGAAAGAAGGAAGUCUGACACAGGUCUUAUGUUGCCCACUCUGAGAGUCUCACUUAUCAGUGAUAUGAGGCACAUUCAGAACAUGAGUGAAAUAAAGACGGACGUGGGCCGUGCUCGAGCCUGGAUAAGGCUGUCCCUAGAAAAGAAGCUUCUCUCCCAGCAUCUUAAGCAGCUUCUUUCCAAUCAAGCUCUGGCAAAGAAACUGUACAAGCGCUACGCCUUCCUGCGCUGCGAAGAAGAGCGGGAGCAGUUUCUGUAUCACCUCCUUUCCCUCAAUGCUGUGAACUACUUCUGCUUCACAAGUGUCUUCACCACCAUCGUGAUUCCAUAUAGGACGGUGAUAAUCCCCAUUAAAAAGCUAAGCAAUGCAAUCACUACAUCAAACCCGUGGAUUUGUGUUUCUGGAGAACUGGGAGAUACUGGAAUAAUGCAGAUUCCGAAAAAUGUUUUAGAAAUGACGUUUGAGUGUCAGAAUUUGGGGAAGCUAACCACGGUUCAGUUAGGCCAUGACAACUCAGGGCUGUUAGCCAAAUGGCUGGUGGAUUGUGUCAUGGUCAGGAAUGAAAUCACAGGACACACCUAUAAAUUCCCGUGCGGGAGAUGGUUGGGAAAGGGAGUGGAUGACGGCAGCCUGGAGAGAAUUCUUAUAGGCGAGCUGGUUUCAUCAACGUCCGAUGAGGAUUUAGGGAAGCAGUGCCGCACCCCACCCCAGCAGAAAUCCCCAACUGCAGCCCGGCGGCUCAGCAUCACGACUCUCACGGGGAAAAAUACAAAACCCAAUGCAGGACAGAUCCAAGAGGGAAUCGGAGAAGCUGUGAACAAUAUUGUGAAACACUUCCACAAACCAGAGAAAGAGAGGGGAAGCCUCACCGUUCUCUUGUGCGGAGAAAGUGGCCUGGUUGUGGCGCUGGAACAGGUCUUCCACCAUGGGUUCAAGUCAGCCCGUAUUUUCCAUAAAAACGUCUUCAUCUGGGACUUCAUAGAGAAAACGGUUGCCUACUUUGAGACAACAGACCAGGUUGGAGACAGUGAAGAGGAGGUGCUUCUCCAAAAAACCUCCUACACAACAUUCUGCCGCUAUGUCAAUGCCAUCAAUACAGCUCCACGCAACAUAGGGAAGGAUGGCAAGUUCCAGAUUCUAGUUUGCCUCGGAACUCGGGAUCACUUGCUCCCCCAGUGGAUCCCGUUGUUAGCAGAGUGCCCGGCCAUCACCCGGAUGUAUGAAGAAAAUGCACUUCUACGGGACCGCAUGACAGUGAACUCUCUCAUCAGAGUCCUACAGACGCUGCAGGACUUCAACAUCAUCUUGGAAGGGUCUCUCAUUAAAGGGGUUGAUGUGUAGCAUGGCUUUGCAGACAGCGCUCUGCCCCCUCCCAGGCAAAUGGAAAUAUAUCAAAUUUGGGAGGAGAGGAAAUCUAUUAAAAUGCAGUUGCUGCUGGUAGUGCCCCAACUGUAUGUUACAUAUGGCUUGUUGAUAGGAGGGAGUAGGGGGAACUCUCUCUCUCUCUCAGUAUUGUCUCCUUACCGGUCUACCCUAAAGCUGCAAAGAAGCUACGCUGCAGUAUCGUAGUUUUCAAAACAGAGGUUUAGUAUAAAAUAAGAGUAUUUUCAUGUGUUCAAUGUGUGUAAAUAGGCUGUCUUCUUUCAGAAAUAUUACCAAUAAGGAACUUUUUUCUUAGAAUCAGUGUUCUGACCGGGGAUUGGGGUAAUGUAGCUUAAAAAAAACCAUAUUUGUAGGGUUGGGGGCGGGAGGGGGAAGCAUUACUGGUUAGUAUGGGAAAAGCCGCUUGGUAUGUAAAUAUUGUACAAAGGUAGCGGGGGCUUUUUUCAUGUAUUGCAAAGGAACACAUGAAGACUCUCUAGGUAGCAAUCGCUAUACUCUUUGUGAAUGUAUACUGUUUGCUCUACUUGCUGGUAUGUGUAGUUCCCUUGUUUAUAUGGUUUCGGGCGGGGGGGACAUUUUUGCGUGCAUCUAAUAAGCUGUGAGUCCUAGAAUUAUGGAUCUUCUCUGAGAACUUUGUCAGUUGGGAGACGUUGUGCAAAGAAACACCUUUACAUUGGCUCUGAGGAAUUCGUGAGGUUGAAGGAGGAAUCCACCAGGGUCUGUUCUAGAUUUUGAACCAUCAGUUAUGCUUUCUUCUAUUCCUCCUUCCCUUUUGUUUUCCUCUUUGGGCUUUCAUGCUAUAGUUAUGACACCUAUUUCUGGAGACUUUCUUUAAUGUUGCUUCGAGAAGGCAGUCCAUUAUUAUUACUUAAAACCGAGUCCUUGAUCUGCAGAACUGUUUUGGGAAGCUUGAAAUGAGAAAGACUAAUGGCCACUGACUUGGUCUUGUCUUCCUGUCUGCCAGAGAAUAUAGUCUGAUUACCUUUGUUACCUUCUGUGGAAGAUUGCUUCUGUGUGAUGGUUUUUCCAUGCCCUGCCUGCGACUUUUAGCUUGACUUGCAAUGUGGCAACUUUCUCUGUGUUUGGGAGAGGACCCAUUUGGAAAGGUGCAUUACCAAUGGAGUUACCAGGAGGGAAAUUAAGGUGGGGCGAAGCUCUUGUCUUAAGUUACCUUAGCUGAGUGAAGGCAUUACUUCUUCCCCUGCUGAUCUGGUAGUAGAGGAAUCUUGGGAUUGUGUGGAGGGGUCAACACGGCUGCCUCCUCUACCUGUCUAGGAGCUGUGGUGAUGCUAGCAUUACAACUCCACCUCUGUUCCUCUGUUACUAAAGGAGCAUGUGAAGGAAUCUGGCCUCUAGCAGUGCAUGCUUUGCAGACGCUAUGUUGGACAAGUCCUUAAGAGUCUCCUGAGAAUCGUCUCUAGUUCUGUGUUCUUUAGCCUUUGUUAAAGUAGGCAAACAAAAGGAACCUGAGCCAAAAUAUUAUUCUGCCAAAAAUGUCCUUUUCUUUUUAGUAUCAGGCAGACAAUUUAGAUCAAUCAGUUUAAGCACUAGUAUGGAAACAUUAAAUGCUAAAGAAUGGGGCAGCAUGAAAUGGGUAUCUUAGCAUGUUACCAUCCAUCCCUUCCGUUGAUUUCAGACUUCAGAGAUUUGACUUCAGAGUUAAGAUGUCAUUCUUAUGACCUCUGGAACCUUAUGAGGGCUUUCUGUGCCUGCUCCUUGUUAGACAUAACCCAAAUCUAUGAUGUCUGACAGCAGUCUACUUGGAAGGAAGUCCUUCAAGGAGAAGCAGUUGAUUAUAUUGCCUCUUAAGGGGAUGUUAUACAAGUUCCGUGUCAGUGGUCCUUUUUUUUUCACCUUCCUGCCCAGUAUAGCUGCAGGUUUUAAGAGAGCUAGAGCACAUACUGUUGAAAGUCAAAAUGCAAAUUACACAAUAUAAAUGUGUUGACCGAAGAAAACAACGUGUACAGAAGACUGUUGGAAAACUUAUUUCUCCAGCUUGGUGAUAUUUCAAGAAGGCACGUGAACUCUUUGGUUGUAAGGCUGGAGUGACGUGUUUGGCAGUUUGAACAGACUUCCCAGCUCCAUAUUUGGAGGGAGGGGGGCAUUUGCAGGGAAGAUGUGGCGGGAAGGGGUAGUGCUUAAUUCCCAAGUUUGCUUCCUCACAAAGUGGAAGAAAGCAUUUGGGAGAAGGAGUGGGAAGGGAGGAGUUAAGCACAUAUCCCAUGACCACUUUGAACGUUGCCGGCAAACACAAGUUUGGGAAUCCCAUGUUUGCCAUUUCAUGUGUGGUUCCGCCAUAAAAUAAUCCCAUCGCCUGCUUUCUUGCAAGUCUGUGACCUCCUGAAGUCAACCACUGGGCUUUUUAGCCAGGAACCAAGCGUUCAGCUGGAAACAAACAGGAAAUGUUAACCAAUGAGAAGAUUCUGAGAUGAGCGUUCCACACCCAUCAGAAUAUGGUCAAUGUCUCUGCCCACUAAAUUAGGUGGUAUCUUUUGCCACCGUAGCUGCUUAAAGCACAUGAAUUCCUAUGCAUCCAAUUUACCCCAGAGCUUUGGCAGAAAUAACGUGCCUGGUCUUUUUAGAAGCCUGCAACCAGAAUUUCUAAAGGUACUUUGAAUGCAUGAACAGGAUCACUCCAAAUGUUUUUGACUGUACAACAAAACUAGCUAGUCAUUUACGCACAGUCGUGUGGCUGCCUUAAUUGUCAGCGCAUAUCAUUGAUCAGCUCAGAGAACUCCCACCCUGUGUUGGGAGAAGCCAUGAUUUGUGAGAUCUGUAAUCAUUCCAAAAUUUAUAUUUUCAGGGAGCUAAUUGUUGAGUGGAUUAAUACACGCCGCCAAUUAAAACUGACAAAAAGGAGGAUUUGAAUCUUUAUACCUCUUCACUUGCCCUUCAAAAUAUCAUGAGAUAUUCAGUGGAAAAUGUGCUUUCAAAAGCUCAUGUUUUUACUGCUACUAAAAACAGUUUCUCCUUCCAAUACUUCCCAGCACUGUCCAGGCUACCAAUAUAUUUGGGCUUUUGUUACUCUGUUUCUGCUCGCAAGACUUAGACAACCGGUUGUUUACCUAUAUUCUCUUGGUUCGUACUUCUGAAUAUGCCUCAGUACUUACAGCUAGGAAAAGAAGAUGGACUUCAAAAUGGGAAUAUGGAUUGCAACUAAGUCAUAAUAUAAAGGGACUGUCAAAUAGCUUUGCUUUCAGAAAUCACCAGAUUGACCCAAAGCGGUGUUUUCACUGAUGCAGCAUUAAACAAGAAGCAACAUACUGCUGAGUUAACGUGAAUUCUACAAGAGUCCAGGGUGCACUUUGUUUUGACCCCUGCCAUGACUCCCCUCUUGCUUUGUGUCUACUGGUCUUACACAUUGCCGCAAGACCCUUUGGAGUCUCUUGUUGCACUGAUGAGGUGGCUGGCAUUUCAUAACAUUGGAAAGUAGCAAUUGAUAGACUGUCUGAGAGUGCUGGAAAUUCAAAAUAGCUGUCCACCCACAUCCAGUCGCAUGUGGUGCCACAGCUGAGCGUUUUGCCUGGCAAUAUGUGUGGUUUUUUUGUCUCCUGUAAAGGCAUUAAUUUGUCAUCUUCGUAUUUCACCAGAUGGAGUGUGAGGUGUACUGUACGUCCCUCUCCUUUUAGGCAAUAAAACACUGAGUAAGUAUGUAGUAUUACAUAACCCCAAAGUAUUUUUGAAGCAUGAGAUUAUUUCAGAUAGACUGGUCCAUCUGACUCCUUCAAGAGUGCAGUUCUGUGUAACUUUUUUUUUGUAAAUUCCUAUCAAGUGCAACUUUUUGUUUCAAUGGAUAACUUUGAUUAGCGGAAACAGGAUGCAAUCUAUCAAGCUUACUGACGCCAUUUUGUCCUCUUGGAAGGAGGAAUCAGUCAUGAUUCUCUGAAGUUAAUAUACCCUUUUAGACAUCAGUAUUAAUGAAUGGAAUCUUUAAGACAACCAAAGCUUUCUUGUAACCUACUCAAACAAAGUAGAUUCCGUAUUCAAGGAACUGUGUACGUUCUUUAUAGUACUGCUGUAUACUAACAUAGUCAAAACUUGAAAGAUCAAUAUAUAAAUGUGAUAAGUCUUUGAUACUAACCAGAAUUAGUUGUAUUCUGUAUCAAGGAGGGCAACCUACCACUUUGUGUUACGACAGGAUUUAAUAUUUUAUUUUAUUUUGCUCUUCAGUCCAAUCCCAAAUAUACUUGCUUGGAGGUAAGUCCCAUUCUAUUUAAGAGGGUCCGGCUUGCAAUUCAGUAUGUUUGGGAUUGGCCGUUAGUGACUUUUGGGGGGGGGGGAUUUAUAGAGAGGUGCUGGAGAAUCAUAAUUACUUUGAUUUCCCAUCCAUCUUCAUCUGAAUGAAAGUGUGUUUUCAUAGGGAAAUGCUAUAUGUUACACUGGAACUGUACAAAUAUACCUGGUCUAAGUUUUAAAAAUUCCUCCCCCAACCACCCUUAAGUAUUUUCAGAGUAUGUUGCUAUUAUAUUGUUAUGUUUUAUUUCUAAAUUAAUCAAGUCUGGAUAAUGUUAAGAAAGUAACUGUCGGUGAAAGUAUUGUUGUCUCAAGCACUUUAGCAUACAUAUCAAAUGGAGAUGGGUUUUUUUCAGGGUUUGGAUUACAAUUAAAUGCAGCUUUUCAUGCAAUGGUCUUUGAAAAUAAAACUGAGAAUAAUA